AUGACAACCUCGCUUUACGACCAUGCCGUUCAAUUCCUGAAGUCCUACCUCUUGCUUUUCCUUGUCUCUCUUCCCAUUGCGCGAGGUCUGUUCAAGAGGUACGCUUCGCCACUCCGAGCAUACCCUGGCCCCUUUCUGGCAUCAUGCUCGCGCGUAUGGAGGCUGUGGGUCACAUACAACGGCCACAGUGAGCACGACCACAUCGACGUCCAUCGCAAAUAUGGCCCCAUCGUCCGUACAGGUCCAGAUGAGCUGUCGUUCGCAUCACCCGAGGCCGCCAAAGACAUCUUCGCCGUUGGUAACGGAAUCCAGAAAACGGACUUUUACUGGGUCUUUCCACCCGCCGAGAACCCAGAUGUCUUCACGGAGAUCCGGGAAUGGAAUCACGCCCAGCUCAAGCGCUUCACUGUACAACCCUACAGUCUGGCCUCGAUGCAAAAGAUGGCUCCUGCCAUUGAGGACGUGGAAAAAGAGUUGAUCGACAAGCUGGACUCUUUCGCGAAGGAUGGCAAGGGCACUGUCGACCUGGGUGGUUAUCUGCAUUUCUUCGGCUUCGACGUACUGGGAGAGGUCGCAUUCUCCCACCGUUACGGGUUCAUCCGCACUGGCACCGAUGUAGAAGGCUGCAUCAAGUACAUUGACGAAGUACAAUGGUACGACGGUUUCGUCGGCCAGGUGCCGUGGUUGCAUUAUCUCGGCCGCUUGAACCCCUUCGCGCCAUGCCUAGGCCUGAGUCUCAAGGCAGUCCUACUGACUCGCAUGGCUCUCGAGGAACUGGGAAAGCGAAAACAGCUCGAUAACAAUGGAAGGUCUGCAACCGGCCAGGACGAUCUGCUCGCGCAGCUGAUCGAAGGACACUUGCGCGCCCCAGACAAGUUCACCGAGGCCGAUGUAUUCGCUGUGGCGCAUGGAGCAAUUGGCGCGGGCUCCGACUCCACGGCGUCAACAAUGCAAUCCUUCUUCCACCUCCUUCUCAAUUCGCCCACCAGCUACAAAAGACUCGUCGACGAGAUCGAUGCCGCUCAUGCAAAGGGCACGCUCUCCGAUCCUGUCUCUUACUCCAAGGCCCAAGACCUGCCGUACUUCCAGGCAUGUCUGAUGGAAGCCAUGCGCCUCCGUCCAGCCGUCGGGCUGAACAUCUAUCGCAAACUACCUCCCGAAGGAAUGACCAUCGACGGCAUGUAUUUUGCCGGCGGCACCGAGGUCGCUGUCAACGGCUGGGUGCUGCACCGUGACAGGACUGUCUUUGGGCAGGAUGCGGAUGAGUACCGUCCUGAACGGUGGUUGGAGCCCAACGCGAAGGAAAUGCAUCGGCAUAUGUAUCAGUUCGGUGGUGGAAGCCACCUGUGUCUAGGCCGCAAUCUGGCAUUGCUGGAGAUGAACAAGUUGCUCCCACGAUUGUUGAGGAGGUAUCACUUUGAGCUUGUGCAUCCUGGACGGCCGAUGAAACAUCAUACGACCUUCUUCGUUGUCCAGACAGGGCUGGAGGUUUACAUUUCUCGCCGGAACCUCAUUUCGUAA